CGCAGUGAACAACUCACAGGGUGAUCUGCUCUUGUGUCAUCUGUUUUAACAUUAAGACUUCAGGGUGGGUAGCCUUUAAUAUUCAGAAAAAAUAUUAUAUGUAUAAUGAAAUUAUGUACACAUCUUAUUGUGUAUGAUGAUAUUUUAAAGAAUGAGUUUUCAAGGAUCGCCAUGGAGAAUCCAUCGGAUAUUAAAUUAACUGCAGAAAUUAAAGAAGCUCUACAAAACAGUAAUCAAGCUUUAGCUGCUGCAAAGAUUCAGGAGUUGUUAGAGAAGGAGACAAACACUCCACUAAAUAUUGCCAUCACAGGAGAGUGUGGCUCUGGUAAAUCCACCUUUGUUAAUGCCUUUAGAGGCAUAGACAACAAGGAUGAGAGAGCUGCUCCUACUGGUUGUGUAGAAACCACCUUAGAGGUUACAGGAUACCCCCAUCCUAACUAUCCUAAUGUUACACUAUGGGAUCUUCCUGGUGUCGGAACCAUGAAGUUUCCAGCUGACAAGUACCUGAAUCGUGUUGGAUUUGAAAAGUUUGACUUCUUCAUCAUCAUCUCAGCAACUCGCUUCACUGAAAAUGAUGUGAAACUCGCUCUGGAGAUUCAAAAGAUGAAAAAGAAGUUCUACUUUGUUCGCUCAAAGAUUGACAACGACAUAAGAGCUGAGGAAAGAAGUCAGAGGGAGUUCAGUGGAGAACAGACUCUGGCACAGAUCAGGGAAAACUGCAUUCAAGGUUAGUAACAUGUAACUUGUCUUCUAUUAUAAUAAUAGUAAGAUUCAUUUCUGGAUUUUCAUUUCAACAAAUCACAUAUAACAAGAUCAAACUAUAUCUCUGUUUAUACUUAAAAUUACAAUAGUUAUGUCAUGUCAUGUUUGCCUGCCUGCAUUACUUUGAAGUAUUGAGUUCUCAAAACACUUAAGUCAGACAACUUUCACUGUGACAUUCAG